AUGAAGUUAUUCAUCCAAGAAAAUGAUUAUAAAGUAUGGAGGGUGGUCACAAAUGAGUCAUUCAUUCCAAAGAAAAGAGUUAACAGUGUCACUGUUAUCAAGAAGGAAGAUGAAUGGGAUAAAGUUGAUAUUAAGAUGGUCUCAUUGUGUGACAAUGCUAAGGAGAUAUGGGACAAACUUAAAGCCACUUAUGAAAGCACAAGUAGAGUCACAAAAUCCAAGAUUAGUCUCCUUGCCCUUGAUUAUGAGCUCUUCAAAGAAAAAUUAGAUGAAAGAAUCAAGGAGAUUUUUGACCGCUUCACCGAUAUCAUCAAUGGUCUCAAGGCUCUUGGGAAGACUUAUGCCAACAAGGAGAUGGUGAAGAAGAUAUUGAAUAGUCUCACAAAAUCAUGGGAAGCUAAAAUGGCGGCCAUAGAUCAUUGA